AUGACAAACACGCUUACAAUACGCCCGUGUACUCCAAAAGAACUCAAGGAAUACUUUCAUCAAUGGACCAUCUCGGAGGGAUGGAAUCCAAUCAAGUAUAAUGCCGAACUUACCAGGCUCUCUUACCUGAUGUACCCUCAAGGUUUUUUGGUGGGAACAGUCCCAGUCACUGACCAAGAAAAGGUUAUAACUAUUAUAGCUGGUUUCCGUCACAGCAAUUCCUCUGGAUUUAUUGGAUAUUACGUUACUGACCCCGAGUUUCGAGGCAAGGGAUAUGGAUAUCCUUUGUUCAAAAAGGCUUUAAACAGUAUGCAAGAUUGUAAAUACGUUGGUCUUUACGCAAUGCCCGUUAUGGCAGACAAGUAUCGAUCAGCGGGAUUUGAUAUAACUAGUUGGGAUAUAGAAAGAUAUCGGUCAGGAUCUCUGGAAAGCUUUUUGGAGCAGUUUUCCCAAGUACCCACACCUUUGGAACCAUAUGUAGUGGAUAUCAGUGAAGCACCAAUAGAUCAACUGGUUUCUUUGGAUGAGAAAUACAAUGGCGUUCCACGACCUACUUUUAUGCAAAAAUGGAUUAAAUCGCAUAUCGAAGGUUCCAAAGAAGGACUUUUUGGAGUUGCCCUAGUAAAGGAUGGACAGGUUUUGGGUUACGGAUGUGCACGUCCUUCAGAGGAAUCGUUUCGUAUCGGACCACUAUAUGCUCACACGGCUGAACAAGCAAAGGAAAUUCUAAAAGGUUUGGCUUCCAAAGCUGUAGAAGUGUUCCCUACCCUGAAUUCUCCUGAUCGCAAACCAAGUGGCUGCUUACUUGAUCUGGAUACAUGUACGGAGAACAAAGAUGCAAUGGACAUGAUAAAAUACUUCCAAUGGACGCCUGUUUUCCGAGCAAUUCGAAUGUGGAGAACCAACCAACCUCCAGAAAACACAAAUGGCCUUUAUGGUGUAACUAGUAUAGAAAUAGGCUAG